AUGCCAUCUUCUGACAAGCGGACUUUCUGUUCAUUCUACCGACCGUACUCUUCUUUAAUAUUUUUGGUUUUAUUUUUUGUGCUAGCCUUGGUUGUUAUGAUCUCAGUGAUACAGUGCACACUUGGUGAUGAGAGGUCUUCUGAAUUUUUCAAAACUCCAGAUUCUCCGUAUGGUUCUUCCUCCUCCCUCCCUCAAACCGGAGAAAAGCAAGACAGAAUAGAAAAGAAGAAAGAAUCAGAUAAAAUCAACGUGACUACAAGGAAAAGCAGAGUAAAGAGACAAUACAGUACGUUAGAGAAAAUUGAAGCAAGUUUGGGUAGAGCCAGGUCGGCCAUUAAAGAGGCUGGUCGAACCCACAAUCUGACAUCAACCCAUGAUGAUCCUGGCUAUGUUCCUCGAGGUCCAGUAUAUAGGAAUGCAAAUGCUUUUCACAGGAGUUAUUUAGAGAUGGAAAGGAUUUUCAAAAUAUAUGUAUAUGAAGAAGGAGAGCAACCAUUGUUUCAUUAUGGUCCAUGCAAGAGUAUAUAUUCCACCGAGGGAAGCUUCAUUCAUGCUAUGGAAAUGGAGAAUAUUUAUAGAACCAAAGACCCCAAUAAAGCACAUGUAUAUUUCAUGCCAUUUAGUGUGGUGGAGAUGGUUAAGUAUCUUUUCGUGCUCAAUUCCCAUGAUAUGGAUCCCAUUGGAGCUACUGUUGCUGACUAUGUCAACGUCAUUUCCAAGACACAUCCCUAUUGGAAUCGAAGCCUUGGUGCCGAUCAUGUCAUGCUCUCUUGCCAUGAUUGGGGGCCUUAUGCAUCUUCAUAUACUCCUCACCUAUACAACAUGUCCAUUAGAGUAUUGUGUAAUGCAAAUACUUCCGAAGGAUUUGUUCCUUCUAGAGACGUUUCAUAUCCAGAAAUCCAUCUCCUAACAGGGGAAGUUAGGGGGCUUCUUGGCGGCCCCUCUCCAUCUCGCCGAUCCAUUCUAGCCUUCUUUGCAGGCGGUCGACAUGGCCACAUUAGACCUAUACUGUUGAAACAUUGGGAAGAAAAAGAUGAAGAUGUGCUAGUAUAUGAGCGUCUUCCCAAGCCACUGAACUAUAACUCGAUGUUGCAGAAGAGUAAGUACUGCCUAUGCCCAAGCGGGUUUGAAGUAGCAAGCCCAAGAGUUGUGGAGGCAAUCUAUGCAGAGUGUGUUCCGGUGCUGAUUUCGGAUGGCUAUAUUCCCCCUUUCAGCGAUGUUCUAAACUGGGAGUUAUUUUCUAUCCAGGUGAAAGUGAAGGACAUUGCCAAUAUCAAAGACAUACUUACGACCAUCUCUGAAAAUCAGUACAGAAGACUGCAAAGGAGGGUGAAGCAGGUGCAAAGACACUUCGUAGUGAAUGGACCUCCAAAGAGAUUUGACAUCUUUCACAUGACUGUUCACUCAAUUUGGCUUAGGAGGUUGAACAUCCGCUUGAAGGGAUUAGGCUCACCAUUGACCAUCAUAUAAAUCUUCUAUCUACAAGACUCUGGAAAUUUUUUCUGAUGCUGGGAUAAUUUUUGGUGAGUCUCCGAGUAAA